ACGUGUUUCCACCGGACGUUUGUGUAAGUCGGACCCGUUCAAGAUGUCAGUGGAGCAGGCAAACGCGAGUGGGACAGUCAAUGACACUAAAGACGACAAAUCACUCUUGAUAAAAGGUGGUGUUUUCCUUUCUACUGUAGCCACAGCAGGCAUGAUUGCAGGGUUCGGUUCCACCCUUGCCAUGGCUAAGAAGAAGAGUCCUGAGUGGUUUAAUAAGGGUGUUAUAGGAACUGCUGUGGUUCCAGAAAGCGGUGCGUCGUUAGCGUUGCGGGCGUUGGGAUGGGGUUCCCUUUACGCCUGGUGUGGAGUUGGUCUCCUGAGCUUCACCAUUUGGAAGGCCCUGGGUGUCCACAGUCUGAAGGAAUUCCGUCAGAAAAUGCAAUCCUUUUUUCCCGCUAUCCCCAAAAAUGAAGAGGCUCAGGAGAAUUCUGCUCCUUUUGACUGGGACUCCAUCUUCAAGUCAAAAUGAGAAGAAAUUACAUUUUACAAUUACAAGAACGCACAACCUUAACUGACUGUCUGGAAAGAAUAUUUAUCGAAUGGUCAGCCUGGUCAGGUGUGAGGCAGCCGGUCGGGUCAGUAAGCCAUUUUAGAUCCAGAUCAAGUUUGAGGUCACAGCAUUGGAGGAUGCCACAUGAAGGCCUGAAGAACUCAGUGAUUGUGUUUGCCUUAAUUUCUUGUGCCACACUGGAUUUUACAAGGCCUGAGCCAAGCGACUUUGACUCUGCACCUGCAGUCUCAAAUGUGGAAGUAUUAUGUUUGUACAUACUAUACUAUCUCAGUUACUUAAUUAGUCUUUUUUGUGUGGAGCUAGGAAAUUAUAUUACUGCUUUUUGGCUGGUGGUGUUUAUACAUUAAAUCUCAAACUGAAGCUGCUACUGUGUAAAAUUGGCGUCAUGUGAUUACGAGGUCUAAUAAAAGCAUCUCUACAGAGGUUGUUUUCAA